AUGAGGUUAUCUCUAAUAUUGAAGUUAGUUGCUCCUGACGGGAAGGGUGGAAAGAGAUGGGUUGAGACAUCGUUUAAAAAGCUUCCUCCAGGCUAUCCUCAUCCGCAUUUCAGUCCGGUACGUUUUUUUAAAUAAAAUGAUGGUUUUUAAUGUUUGGGUUAACAGUUUUAAGUUAAAAAUAGGAAUUAGUAACGCCAUUUUUAUAUUAAAUUUUUCAGUUAUAUAUUUAUUUUAGUGGUACUAUGGGGCUAUUACGUUUUGUGUGUUUCUUGGAAACUACGUCAUGAUAUCCUGGAACACUACGGAAGAUUCAUGGCAUAAAAGUAUGUAAUCAUUUCAAUAAUUUUAAACCUUUAGGACUUUAUAACAAAUGGAUGAAAGCAAGUGAGUUCGACAUGGAAGCAGCGACAGAACGGGCAAUUGAACAUGAAAAGAAGUUAGAAGAACAGAAGGCGAAUCCAAACUUCGUGCAGAAGACGACAAAGGCGUUUAUCAAGUUUUAUAGAAAGAUGACUACUUCUGGUUAUGUUCCCGAAUAA